AUCAACGUUUGAGAACGGACCUGUGUUUUUCGUCCAAUCACUUACCUUAAUUUUCUACGCAACUUUAUGGUUAAGGUUUGUGAUUGGACGUUUUAUGGAAGGUCAUCAUAAGAGCAAAUAGACUAUCAGAUAUUUUUAGAAUUGAUAAAACAAAUCCGUAAUAGAAAUCAGUUGAAAAUUGCACUUGCUGUUCUCGUGUGCUUUACGAAUUUUCGUAAAACUAAAUAAAUAAAAAUGGCAGACAAAGCAGUAUCCACCGCUAGCAAGCCCAUGAUGAGGGGUCUCCUCAACGCUCAGAUCAAGCGAAACUUGAUCGUGUCUCUGGUCCUCGCUGGGAUCUCCGCCGUUGCUGUCAAGCAGUUGGUCGGUAACGAGCGCAAGAGGAAGUAUGCUGAAUACUACAGGACAUACGACGCUGAGAAGGAGUUCGAGGAGAUGAGGAAGAAGGGUCUAUUCCAAUCCUGCUAAAUGUGAACAGUUAUAGAGUAGUAUUAAUUUUAUUUCGCUGUGAAAAUGGUAUAAUUACAUAUAAAUAAAUUACUUUAAAAAGUAUUUAAUUGAGUUUUUU